AUGCCGCGCCCAAAGCGCACCAAGAUCGCCACUGGCGCGUCUGUCGCGCCUGUCUCCGACGCGUCCGCCAUCUCCCGAACCUCCAAAUCCGCUCUCCCUUCCUCGGUCGCCCAAGUCGAUGCGCAAGAUGGCUCCGGCGGCGACAGUGAUACGCUGCAUGUCAAAUCCCGGCCUGCCAGGGCAACAAGAUCCACGCGCACGACGCGUCGCGGCGCCGCCGCCACCGCUGCGGAGCCGGCGCAAGCGGAGGACGUGAUGAUGACAGGUGCGCUGGAGCAAGGAGAUGGCGAGAGCGCAAACAAGACGACGAAAGCUGCGCCGAAGAGAAACGUCAGGACGAGGGGCCGGAUGGCGCCCAGGAAGACACUGGGCAUGCAGGACGAGAAGGCGCUUCAGGCGCUGAAGAAGAGGAGAGACGAGGCUCUCAGGCAACAAAAAGGCGAGGGCGAGGCCUCCACGCCGAUGAGCGCGGUCGCCAGAUUGGCAGCGAGGAGGGCGAGCGCUGGGUCGAAGGAGGCGAGCUCGCCCGCUGUGCAGCGCCCUGCAAAGGACGUGACGACCACUUCGCCGGCGUUCAAAUCGGUCCAGCGCAAUAGCGACGUGAUUAUUUCGUCGCCCGAGCGGCCUGCUGUCCCCCGGUCGGCCAUGAAACCUCCUUCAUCUGCGGUCAAGGCCCAAGGCACGCCCGCCGUCGAGACGUCGGUUCUCGCGCUCUCGAAAUUCAAGCGCCGCCCUCGCCAGCCGAGCAUUCUGCGCAUGGUGCAGCAGAAAAGCGACCACGAGCAAGACGAUGACAAUGAGGAGACGCUGGGAGAUUUUGACUUCGCUCCGGAUGAUGAGAGCACGCCGCUGAAGCUGAAUCUCAAGGGUGCGGCGCGCAGGAGUCUGGGUACUACGCCUGGUGCACGUUCUGAGAUAGAGCCACCUACGUCCAGCUCACGGAAGCGCAAGCUGAGGUCAGCACCUGAGCCCGAACAGGAAGAGCAGCAAGAGCCAGAGGAGCAAGAAGAGCCGCAGGAGCAAGAAGAGGCGGAAGAGCCAGAGGAGCCACUGGAACAGGAAGAAUCAGAAAUCCAAGUGCCACGCUCAAGCCCGCCGAUCAUAGAGCGCCCACCCGCACCUACGCGCGAGCUAGAAGACACGGACGACGAGCACCUGUACUCUGAUGUGAGCGACCUUCCGCAGCAAGUGGUCAAGGACACGCAGGACCGGCUCGAGGAAAAACAGCAACAAGUGGGUGACAAAACCCCAGAGAUCUACAGCUCCACAAUGGCGCCACCGAAAUCAACAAGCUCACUGAGCGACGACUACCGCCAGUCGCACGAAGCCGAAGAACUCCCCGACACGCGACGCCGCCGGCAGCCAGCGCGCGCCCGCAACCGCACGCGCACCUACGACGAGUCUCCCGAGGAGGACUCUUCCGCCUCAGAAGAAGACGAAACAACGCCCGUCCAAAAGAAGUCCAAGAAACCCACCCGCGCAUCCAAGAAAGACAACACCAAGCCCCAAGCCCUCUCGACCGCCACGCUACAGGCGCUCCUCCCCCGCCGCCGCCCCACAGCCAAGCGCAACCAACAACCCGACACCUUCGACAUCCCCAGCUCCGACAGCAUCGAGGUCCGCGUCCUCAGCAGCGACGAAGACGAACUCCAGCACGACCCGCCGCGCCGCGGCCGCUCCGGCAGGAGCAAGGCGCCCUCCACCACCGCGGGCACGAAAAAAGGCAGCAAGCAUGCGCAGGCGCAGGCGCAGAAGCAGGCAGUGGAGGCGUCGCGCCCGCGCAAGACAUACGGCCGGCGCUCGUCGGACAAGGAGAACGCGGCGGGCGGGGGCAAGGGCGGUCGCGGUCGCGGUCACGGUCGCGCUGCUGAUGAAGCUGAGGAAGCAGCGGAAGCGCAAGAUGACGACGACGACGACGAGGAGGGCGAAGAAACGGAGACGCCGCUCCGGCGCCACCACGGGGGCCGCCAGCGCGCUGCUGGCGAGCGGAGCAAGGAGCUGGAUGCUGCGGCGAGGAAGUUCGCCGAGAUUGAUACGUGGGAGAUGGAGUUUGAGAGCGUGGAUUUAGGCGCGAGUGCUAGUAGUCCGUGGCGGUGA